AUGAGAACUCUCAACAUGGAAGACGGAUGGACGGAAGUGAGGCGGCGUAAAACAGUGGCGACGUCCAACGGAAACACGACAGAGGUAACCACUUUCUUCAUCACUAACAUACCGAACGACACAACAAAAGCAGAAUUCGGGAAAAUCUUUUCUCAAAUGGGAAGAUUAUCAGAUAUCUGUUUUGGGAGUAAUAAACGGAAGAACGGGAAAAAUUAUGGCUUCAUACGGAACAACAAACUUGAGAUUAACGUUGCAAGGCAUGGCCGGAAAACACGUCCACUAUCUCCCGAUAAAAUCAACAAGAAUUCUAGAAUUGUCGCCCCCCCAGGACAAAACACCAAUAUCAAUGGAGGUGGACUUACCUAUCACAAAACCUAUGCUCAGAUGCUGACAUGGAUCGAUGGCUCACAAAAUCCACCCUCAUCGGCGAAGCUAAAUAUUUGGAUCACCUUAGUCACAUGCCAACUCUCAUAUCCAUCCACAGCGAACGCCGCCCUUCAGUCAAAUACCUUAGAGGGAUGCUUGCAUUAA